AGAGACAGGAACAAGGCUACAAGAUUGCUCAACUCCUGCAAGACACUCUCUCUCUCUGAGUUUGUCUUUGGUUUCUUUUGUUGUUGUUAAUUUCUGUGUUUUGCAGGUAAAAACGAAACGACUGUGAUUUUGGAUAAAGACCCAGAAAAAAGCUGAGAUCUUUCGGGUUGGACUUACUUUGAAGGAAAAGUUGAUCUUUCUUGGGUUUUAUAUUCCAUAUAUUGAAGGGCAAGCAACUCUGAAGUUUAAGCCAAGUUUGGAGGUCUGAGCACUGCUGCAAGCAAAGCAAUUCACUAUUUAGAAGUGCUUAAAUCUGGGAUCCUCAAAAGAAGACAUGAAUCUUUUGUACAGUUCUAGUUUCAAGUAUUCAGAUGGAGAAUUGAGAAAGAGUCAAGAAUUCAUGGAUUUAAAUCCCUAUCACUACCAUCAACAACAACAACAAAUCCAGCAAAAUUCUGGUCUGAUGCGUUAUCGCUCUGCGCCAAGCUCAAUCCUGGAGAGCCUCGUGAAUGGUACAAGUGGCCAUGAUGGCGGUGGCAUCGAAAGCGGGGAUUAUCGGUAUCUUCGAUCUUCAAGCCCUGAAAUGGAUACCAUGUUGGCGAGGUUUAUGUCAUCAUGUAAUGGUUCUGGUGAUUCCAGUUCUCAAAAUCUGCAAGAAUUUGGAGAGAGACCAGCGAUAAAGCAAGAAGGAGGAGAUUCGGAGAUGGUUUAUCAAAGUUUACCAGGGCAUAAUUUGGUUACUGACAAUUCAGUGAGUGUUGGGAAUUCUAUGGAUAGCGCAUUCAAUGUUAUGAGUUCAAUGGCUUUAGAGAAUUCUAUGCAAGCAACUAAGAUGAGUACCGCGAACGGAUCUAAUCUUGCUAGGCAAAACAGCUCUCCAGCUGGACUUUUCUCCGACCUUGGCGUUGACAAUGGCUUUGUCGUAAUGAGAGAAGGUGGCAGCUUCAGAGCUGGAAAUGGUACGAAUGGAGAAGCUAGUCCAACUAAUAAGUUAAGAAGGCAUGUGAACUUCUCAUCAGGGCAAAGGAUGUUGCCUCAGAUUGCUGAAAUUGGAGAAGAAUGUAUUGGUGGGAGGAGUCCAGAAGGCGAUGUUAGCGAGGCAAGGUACAUGCCUAGGUUCACUAGUGAUUCUUGGGACGGUGCUUCUCUUAGUGGUCUUAAGAGACGGAGGGAUAAUGAUGGGAACAUGUUUUCUGGCCUAAACACACUGGACAAUCAGGAUGGAAAUUCUGGAAACCGUGUGACUGGUUUGACUCACCACUUGAGCUUGCCCAAGACUCUUUCAGAAACGGCUACCAUCGAGAAGUUUUUGGAUUUUCAAGGCAAUUCUGUCCCGUGUAAGAUUCGAGCCAAAAGAGGUUUCGCUACCCACCCACGAAGCAUAGCAGAGAGGGUAAGAAGAACUCGGAUUAGUGAAAGAAUGAGAAAAUUGCAAGAACUUUUCCCAAACAUGGACAAGCAAACAAACACAGCAGAUAUGUUAGAUUUGGCAGUUGAGCACAUUAAAGAUCUACAGAAACAAGUAAAGACCCUCACGGAUACGAAAGCGAAGUGCACGUGUUCUAGUAAACAGAAGCAAUAUUCAAGUCCCUCAGCUUGAUUUUAGUUUCUGUACAGAUAGCACUAGGACAAUGGCAAGACAAAAAACAAGCACAUAGCUACCUAGUUUUGAUCUACUGUAAAAUAAUAGGUAUCAGGAGACACUGAGCUUUAAGGAUAAUUUGAUAUACGCUUUUCUCUGUAAUAUUUUGUAGUGCUGGCCUCGGCAUUCUACCGAAAGCAAGGCCCUUCAAAAUGAUCGAUCUACAGCUCUUCUUCUGUUUGUA